CCGGCCUCCACCGGUGACUUGACAAGGGCUAAGGGCGUCUCACAGAGAAGAGAGCGACUAGAAACUACCGUGCAGGGCCACUGCCUUGCCCCGCUUCCCCGUUUCCAUGCCGACGGGGAGGGUACGUUCAAGUGGAGCAUGCUCAGUAGGGCUCCCCGUCCUCUGUAACAAUAGCCAGGCAGAGAGAGGGCUGGAGCAUUCACACACGCCACACCACACACACUGCCUGAGCACAGCACAGACUAGUCAAGGAGAGAACAGAGCGCAGGGCUCCUGCUUGCCUGUCUGCCCUGGACUGAGACCAUACGGAUACGUAUAUGCUUACUCACAGCGGAGGUCAGGCUGUCUUUCUGGAUGUCUCCAUAGAGUCGUCUCCAGGCCGACCAGAGUUCUCCACGGAAGACGCACUGUGAAUGAGCCAAAGGGCUCUGCGUUUGGUCCAGGGCCAAUGACCAGGAGGCUGUACUGAAGGAGGGAAAAGCCAGAGAGACCUGAUUAAAAUGGGGGCCACUUUCUGGGAGCCUCUCUCUGAAGCAUGGUGGUUCAUAGUGCAGCCAUGCCGGACGUGAACGCCCCCCCGCCAUGUGACUCCGUCGGCCGAGGCCCUGCGGGCUACCCGUGCACCGCUGGCCCCGCCAUGGACCUGGAGCCGUGCCUCACCGACCUGCCCCCACCCCAGCCCCUGUCCGGCUUCAGGGGUCACAGCGUGCCCCCCUACCCCCCAUGCCCCGGCCAGUGCCCCGUCACGCCCCGCUGUAACAGCAGUGCCCUGCUGACCAACCUCGGCCUUCGCCACUGUUCCGCCAACGGCGCGCGGUACCCACCGAUGGAGCCUGGGCUGGUGUUCGAGUCGGCGUUGGGCAGGGGAACGAAUGCCGCGGUGCCCUGCGGGCGUGUGAACUCAGCCGGCGGGACUCGACUCUACCGCAGCAUGGAGAACCUGAACUGGACCAGUACUGUGUCCGAGCCGGGCCUCUACUCUUCCCCGUACAGCGCCCCCUACAGGGGCAGUGUGGACAGCGAGUUCAUCUUCCGCUGCACCGCCACCAGCCACUGGUACGACGGGCCUCCGGAGGGCUUCGGUCCUGAGAGCCUGGCCUUCUACCCCCACCCUCGCCUUGGGAGACGGGGUCUCGGGGGUUUAGGGCGGAGGGAGCUCCCCCUCUUCCCCCAGUGGCUGUUCCCCGGGGUGGACGACUGGGGGUUGAACGCCAACGCCAGGAAAGGCUUAAGGGAGAAGCUCCGUCUCCACAGUGCCCGUGCGGCAAAUGAACCCCCAAAGCCCCUUCGGCCUCAGGCGAUUCCUCGCGGCGGUGCCGCUGUCCUGGGGGGUUGUCUGGAGAGGGACACCGGGAGACCCCUGGGUGUCCACCGCAUUACCAGCCCUGAGGAGAUCAAACGGGAGGUCCUGAGGCGCCUGCAGCUUCGCCGGCAGAACAGCAGCCCCAACCUGUCGCUCAAUGCCCCCCCUGACGCCGCGGAGACCCCGCCCAUGGCCAAGUCCUACACCGCCGAGUCCGUCUCCGUCGCCACAGGCUGCGCCAAGGUCAUGGGUCGUUGCGAGAAACCCCCCGUGGGACGCCUCCACAUCCCCACUUUUGAGGAGUUCAAGAGGAUGAGGCAGAGCGCGGCGACGAGGGCCCCGAUGGACGGCUAUGGAGGAGCCCAGAGCCCGGGGGCGGGCAGGGACGGAGAGACGUGCCGCCUUCUGUCAGACCGGAGAGAUUGUCAGCCUUCCGCCACGGGGGAGACGGAGGUCGAGAGUAAGAGCGGGGUGACGGGAGGCGACGGCGAACAGGUCACGCUGGGGGACAGAUCCCCCGGGGCUCCCCCCUCCAGUUACCAGGACUACACAGGCAUAGAGGGGAGCGUGACGGUGGUGGAGCAGUUUACCGCAGCCGGUCCCACAAACUCUGCGUCUGCCGUCUCUACCGGCCCCUCUGCCAAGCCGACAGCCAGCAUUCGGACCACGGUUUCUACCGUCGCUAUCUGUACAGGCCCCACUCCCCGCUCUCCGCUCCAGGCAUCUGGUCAGACCCAGGGGGAGGAGAAGGCAGACCAAACCCAGGUCCAGGACAGCGGGCCCAGCGGUGGGCUCACGGUGCCGGUCCCCUUUCCUCCUCCGCGCCGGGAGAGUGCAGAGGGCUCAUCCAGCUGCUGCCCAGCCCUGCUUCUGGACAGCUACGGAGCCAAGAUCUACUCCAUGAAGGAUGGCUUCAUAGGCUCGGCCCUGGACCUCAUCAAGAAGAGCUGCAGUGCAGAGAUUGCAGCGGCGGAGGCCCCCGUCAGGCUGUCAGGUGACCAGGACGGCGCUGACAUCACUGCUCCCCCGCCAGACUGUCAAUCCUCUGCCGUCUCCAUGACAACCACGGCGGCCUGCGGAGCGGAGGCUUGCGACGAGCCUGCAGCAGGAGGAGAGAAACUGGCUGCAGAAUGUCAGCACUCUGGCCUGGGCUGCAGGCGCUCCAGCUCGGACGCAGCCUAUGAACCGGCCGAGUCGGUGAGGGCCCAGCGCGAGUGCCGCCUCCGGCCUCAUUACAGUGAUCCGAUGCCGGCAGACGCCGCCAAGCGCAAACAGCUGGAGAUGAAGAUUGCUGCAGCGGCACGACUCCAUAGCCAGCGUCGGGACAGAGACUGCGCACCAGCUGCUGUACGGGUACGUUCCGAGCCCCGCGGUGAGGAGCGUCUUGGGGUCCCUGGCGUGACGCGGGCCGGCCAACACCGCUGGAGCACCAUUAGCAGCCUCAGUGCGGACAGUGGCGUGGUGGGCCUGUGUGACGACCGCGACGACGACGACGAACCCCGGAGGGUACACCACAGCGGAGGGGCAGAGGUGGAGCGGGUGGACAGUGGGAUUGGACCCUGCCUGGCCCGGGUCUGGAAGAGACCCUCCGCCUCCCUCCGAGCCUGGGAAGCCCAGAGACCCUGUCCAGAUUGUGGCCAGAGGGAGGGCCACGGGUCGGCUCGGACGGAGGGGGAGGGCACAGGUAUGUGCGAGCGCUGCUCCAAGCUGAGGACGGAGAGGAAGGAGGCCAUCUUGGAGUUCCUGAACACCGAGUCGAGCUAUGGGGAGGACCUGAGGAUCAUCAAGGAGGAGUUCCUCUGUCCAAUGCAGAGCGCAGGGCUGCUGACCUCCGAACAGCUGGCUGUGGUGUUCAGCAACGUUCAGGAGCUCAUAGACGUGAACGAACGCUUCACUGAACACCUGCAGGACAGUAUCGACCAGGCCUUUGACCAGGGAGAUGAGGACCUACUAACCGUGUGCAUUGGAGAGAUUUUUCUGGAGUUUGUCAACAUGCUUCCAGCCUUCCAGACAUACUGUCUGCAGCAGUUCACUUCUGUCAACAUGCUAAACACCCUGGAGAAGGAGAAAGAACUUCUCAGGAUCUUCCUGGACGUGUCCCAAAACGACAACACGGCCCUGCGGCGUAUGAACCUGCGCUCCUUCCUCAUGGCCCCCCUCCAGAGAGUCACCAAGUACCCGCUCCUGCUCAGCCGCAUCAGCAAGUCCACCACGGAGUGCCACCCGGACCACAUCCGGCUACGCGAGGCCAAGAGCCGCGUCGAGUCUCACCUGGAGCACAUCAACAUGAAGACCAAGCAGGAGGGCACCCUGACCUGGUCGCUGCGCUCGUUCCGCCGCGACAGCCGCAAGAACCGCGAGGUCAUCAACAUCGAGAUGCGCGAGGUGUCCAUGAAGACGGUGGGCUGGGCCAGGGAGAGCACGCGCUUCGUCAUGGAGGGGCCCCUGCAGCUCUCCCAGCCCGCUGACGGACAGUGGGUGAAGAAGGGCAGCAAAGGCCUCAAGUUCCAGAACGUCCAGAGCCUGCUGAUGGUGCGCACACAGCGUCCGGGGGAGGGGCUGUCCCUGACAGAGGGUGGGGCCAAGGUGGAGCAGCAGGAGCACGGGGUGUGGGACGGCGUACUGGUGCUCAUCAAGGACAAGAGCAGCGGGAAGUUCACCGUGCUCCGAGAGCCCAUCCGCCUGGCGAACUGCGUGGUGUCCGCCGACCCCGACUGCGAGGACACCUUUGAGGUGUUGGACAUACGGAAGGAGGCAUUCGUUUUCAGGGCCUUGGACAAAUCCCGCACGCAGCAGUGGUUUCGGCAAAUCAAGAGGUACGCCCGCGAUCUGGGGCCGUGGAGAAAGAGGCGGAACGCGCUCCCGAAUAUCAUGAUGAACACGACCCAGGGUAGGUCCUGAAACCAAGCCCUGAGGAACAGCGUCAGAUACCUGUGUAAAUAAGAAGUACUUGUACUGCAAAAAGAACUGAGUAUGCUUCUGGGUGGUGUGGCGAUUGUGUCUGGGGUUUUGGGGAUUUGGGUUUGUCUGAGGCUUGUGAGGUUCCAUGUUAUGAGAGGAUAGCACUUUUUUCUGAGAAAAACUUAAAGUGCACCAUACUGUAAUGAAACGCAUGAAGAGAGAUUUUUUUUUUGCUUCUGUCUAAAACAAUCAGCCACUCGGAUGACCAAAAUAAAGACAUGGUUGGUUAGGAACGCUGCCGGCCUUGAUUCUCAAACUGUUUUCAGUAUACUGACUGACAAGGUGUCUGUGUGGAAAAGCAUGGUUGAAGUUGAAGAGACAUUACAAAAAAGAUUACUGUUGUAAUGUUCAUGUAAAUGCACAAAUGUGUGAAAAACUACUGUUGAAUUAUACUACGGGACUUGGAAUACAGUUUAGUGAUAAAAUACAGGAUCUUUGUUUUUACCCUGACCAAGGUAGGUCAAUAGCACUGGCCUCUUUCUUUUGCCCUGUGUCAAUAGCACUUCCUACUGCCAGAGAAUAGCAGCUAUAUAGCAUCCAUCUUAUGAAGACCUCAGCAGUUAGACAAACUCUUUAGGACUUCCAACUUUGGAUGCCCUGCAGUGUCUGUUAGACACAUUGAACCAGUGGUGGUUGGGCAUAAUUAUAUCACUGUGCUGGGCUCAAGUCUCAAAGCAGCAGUAGGUUGUGCAAUUCAAGCUAGCAAUCUUUUUCUGGUAAUACUUUGUAAAUUGAGAACUUAUUAUUCCACCUAUAAAUGGCAAGGAUGUUAUUGACACAGAGUAGUUCCUGAGGUGAGGCCUCAAGAAUGUCCUUGGCCUGUUUUGGCCCUUACAGUAUUGUCAACUGCUUAUUUAAACUGUUAAAGCAUUUACCUGUAACUGAAUGUGGUCAAAGCCUAAAUCUUGUCCAAAGUGGAGGUAGAAAGACAUCAGACACUGGUGAACCUGGACCAUGAGUUCAGCACCUAAAGCUAACAGUAGCUGCACUCAAAUGUCCCCACAGUGCGCUGUUCAAUGUAGCAGAUGGGGAAAUUAGGAGCAUUUGUGCCUUGGAUUUAAUUUUUACUCCAAAUUUACAGCAUUUGUGCAGUGUCAGCCACACUGAUAAAAUAUAGAUUUAUUUGGAAAUGCUCAUGAGUCAGACUGCCCUCUGUCCCUAGGUAGCAGCAAAAAGGCUCUUGAAAAAUAUCUUACAUAGCCUGGUUAUACCAAUGUGAACAAUCUAAAACUUAGUGACUUCUGUUUGGAUGCCGGGCUGGAAUUUACAGGUAAUCCUAAUCAGUCCAUUUUGCUGUUAAUAGUGUGGCUACACUAUUAUCUCAGCGUACCUGUUCCCUUAUCAGAAACAGUAGAGAAAGCAAGGCAUUCCCCCCUUCUUUUCGUUUCGGUCUACUUAUUAUUACUGCCCUGCGGAGAGGGUGCUUCCAAGCAAGACACGCAGACGUUUCUGGUCAAGUACCCAGAGCACAGUAAGCAGACCAGAGCCAGCUUUUCUCUCUCUUGGGUGAGCAUGCGAGAGAUUAUGUAGAAACAUGAGCUCACAUGGGAAAGCCUGCUCACAUGAGACAGGGAAUGCCCGUAGCAAUCGUAUUUAUUUUUAUAUAAAUUAUUCUAAAGUAAUUUCUCUUUGCCCUUAUUUUAAGUGUGACUUUCCUAUUCCUAACUUGUUUUUGUGUCCGCUGUUACUGAUUCUGAAGACUUUCUUUUUUUAUGCACUUUAUAUUGCUACAAAUGAUUACAAAUGAAAUCCUGAGAAUGGCGUGACUGUCACUCUUCUACAAAACAAUGUUACUGACUUCAAAAGCUUUAUUCUGUUAUAUUGUUUAUUUACGGAAAUCUUUGUUAGAGAAAUGUAUAAGACCACAGGCAAUACUACUUAUCAACCAAAUUGAAGUAUAUUGUUCAGUCUGAUUAUUAGUCAUGGAGUAGCACAGGACAGUGAGGUAGUACUAGUGAAUCACUGUGUUUUGGGACAGAAAAUGGUGUACAGAGUAUACUACUGCCUGGUCCUUUACUGUUCAUCACCUUCCAAUGGCAUUUACACUGUUACAAUCAUAGAAUAAGAAUCCCAUUCUACAUCUAGAAUUGUAUUCUAUUUCUAUGGUUAGAAUGAUUUCAGCUUCCAUCUUGUUCCACUAAGUUAUUAUUACCGUAACGUAAAUGAGAAGAACGAUUCUCUGUAACAGUUUGGAAAUUCCCUUUUCAAUAUCCUACGACCUGCUGAACUGUCAAAUGUUUUUCCUCUGUAUUUUAAAGACCUAAUGUAAUAUUUCCUUUAUGUAACAUAUUUGUGAAUUAUAAUAAAAAGGAUAUGUUAAACAAGCA